GGAUUCCCGGUGUGCUUGCUGGAGAGCUGGAGGACUGAGGCUGCAGAAGCCAGACUGGGGAAUGCCUGGAAGGGGAGAAGCCCAAUCUAGAACACUCUGAUUUGUUUCCACAAUUUUCUAUAGGAAAAACAUUACUGAGUGAUCACCCAGAAUGAAAAUGGAAGAGGAAGGUAACACCAAAGGGGAGGCACCAGAAAGGAUACUAAAAUCUCCUCAUGUCCUGAAGGCUGGGAGUAUCGGAGGAUUCCUUCGAAGGAGACCAGGAGAUCCAGUGUAUCAUCAAGCAGCAGAGGGUUCCCUUUCUCUUGCGCAGUGGGAAAUCCAGUGGCAGGAGUUCCUCGGGACACUGGAAAACCCUCACUCUGGGUGGGGAAACCCACAUUUACCAGGGAAACCUUCGCCCUGGGAGGAUGCCAAGGCCUUCCUGGCCUCCUUUGAACAAGUUGCUGGAGCCUGUCUGUGGCCCCAGGAAGAGUGGGUGACCCGACUCCUGCCAUCACUCAGCGGAGAAGCUGAGAAGGCCUUUAAGAAUCUGGAUAUCAGAGACAGAGAAGAUUAUGGGAAGGUGAAGGCAGCCAUCUUGCGAGAGGAUGCACUGAGCCGGGAGAAGCAGCGUGAAGCAUUUAGGUUUUUCAGAUACCAGGAGGCUGAGGGGCCACGGGAGGCUUACAUCCGACUCCGGGAAACCUGCCAUGGAUGGCUGAGAGUGGAGAAUCACAGCAAGGAGCAAAUCCUGGAGCUCUUGAUCCUGGAGCAGCUGCUAACCAUCCUGCCCCCAGAGAUCCAGAGCCAGGUGAGGGAAAGGAGCCCUGAGAGCUGCUCCCAGGCAGUAGUUUUGGCUGAGGAGUUCCUGUUAAGGCAUCGAGAGGCUGUGAGGCAGGAAAUGCAGAUGCCCUUGGAGGAAGUAUCUGGGAGUGUCUCCGAAGCAGGCCGAGAUCUGUCUGGGAGCGAGCACAGGCAGCUCUUGAUGGACGUCAAGGAAGAGGAGGACGGAGAGGCCAGCCUGCUGGGUGAUGUGCAGGAGAAUGAAAAUGACAGAAGAUUUCAAGUGUUAUCAUUGGAGAAAGUCAAGGAUGAAGACUUGAAAGGAAACUUUGGGAAUCAAGAAGGACCAAAGAGGCAGGAUGGAAACUGCACAGUUGAGAAGAAUGAUAAACCCAUUCCUUGCCAAGAUGGGGAAUUUCAGAAAAUCCCAACCCAAGAAGAAAAGACAGCUGAAACAAGGAGGAAUGGGGGCCUCAGUGCUCACCUGAGAAUCCUCACAGGGGAAAAUCAACAGAUUCAUGCAAUAGAGAAACCGUAUAACUGCUCAGUGUGUGGAGAUAGUUUCAGUUGGAGGACGGCUCUUACUUGGCAUCAAAGAAUUCACCAAAGGGAAGAACCAAAAAAAUUUCCAGAGUGUGAAAACAGCUACAAGGGUGGAUUACACCAAGAAAAGCAUCAGAUAAUCCCCACAAGGGAGAAACCAUAUCAGCCCUCAGAGGUUGAGAAGAGCUCCUAUGACCACAUAAGCCUUAGUGUGCAUCAAAGAACACCCUCAGAAGAGAGACCUUUUAAAUGUGCUGAGUGCGGAAAGAGGUUUAGGUGGGCAUCACACCUUCAGCAGCAUCAGACACUCCACACCGGGGAGAAACCAUAUCAGUGCUCAGAGUGCGGUAAGAAGUUUACUCGAACAUCAUCCCUGCGCCAGCAUCAGAGAAUCCACACAGGAGAGAAACCUUACGAGUGUUCGGAAUGUGGACAGAGAUUUGGUUUCAGUUCCCUCCUUCAACGACACGAAAAGAUCCACACAGGAGAGAAACCAUAUCGAUGCGCAGAGUGUGGGAAGGCUUUCCGCCACCGCUUAAGCCUCAUUGUGCAUCAAAGAGCACACACAGGGGAGAGACCUUACAAAUGCUCAGAGUGUGGAAGUAGUUUUAGUCGCACAUCACACUUGCAACAACAUCAAAGCAUCCACACAGUGCAGAAACCUUACGAGUGCUCAGAAUGUGGAAAGAGAUUUGGUUCCCCAUUCCUCCUUCAACAGCAUCAGCGGAUCCACACAGGGGAGAAACCUUUUGAGUGCUCCGAGUGCGGAAAGAGCUUUAGCCACUGCAUAAGCCUCACCGUGCAUCGGACAACCCACACCGGGGAGAAACUGUAUCAAUGCUCAGAGUGUGGGAAGAAGUUUAACUGGAUAUCAUCCCUCAGGAAACAUCAGAGAAUUCACAUGGAGGAGAAACCUUCGGAGUGUUGAAAUGGCUUCAGUGCCCCAUCCCACCUUCAGUGGCAUCAGAGGAUCCACAGAAGGGAAAAACCACCUCAGAAUGCAGAAUGAGGUAUGGGGAGAUGUCAGAUCUUCAGCGGCGUUAAGGAAUCCACACACCGAAAAUUCUGUUGCUGCUCAGUUUGUGACAAGAGAUUUUUCUGUUAAAUCUUCUGAAGCACCAAAUAACUCAUUCCAGAGAAAAGCCAUGUAAACAUUGAGAGUGGAAAUAAUAGCUCAGCUGCCCCUAACCAUCAAAGAACCCACACAUAAGAAGCUGUAAAAAUUCUCCGAGUGUAGAAUGAGCAUCUCUGAUUCAAUAAACCUCAACAGAAAAAUUUA